AUGGCAACCAAGGAGAUUAUCUCAAAGUCGGCGCUAGAUGUCACGACGGAAACUGGGGCUCAGAAUUUGCGCAGCUCAUCCAGCUCCAAUGUCUGUUCGACAGGCGAGCCUGAGGAUGACAAGAAGCCGCCUCCCUUGGUAGCGAAGCUUUUUGCGGUGCUUCUGAUCUCAUGUAUCAGCUUCGGCUCACACUGGAGCUCGGGCGUCACAGGAGCGAUGAAGAGCACAAUCAAAAAGCAAAUGCAUAUAAACAAUGUUCAGUUCUCCCUUCUCGAAGCAAGUGAAGAUUUCAUGGCCACAGUGCUUCUAAUUCCCAGCGGUUUCGUGACGGAUCGUGUUGGAGGCGCCGAGAUGAUCGUGUAUGGAAACAUUGUUUAUACCGUCGGCUCGAUCCUAGUCGCUGCUGCUACCACCGUUCGGUCGUUCAACUUUAUGAUUGGAGGUCGAGUGGUUUUGGCCCUCGGGGAUAUUGCUACACAGAUUGCACAAUAUAAAAUGUUCUCUUCGUGGUUUGCUCCAAGCAAUGGCUUCGCAUCCACAUUGGGCUUUGAAUUGGCCAUCGGGAAGAUUGGUGGAUUUGUGGGAAAAUCCACAGCCAAUAUUAUUGCCAAGAAAACCGGAAACUUCGCCUGGGUCUUUUGGACAUCUGUUUUCAUGAAUCUGUUCACCAACGCGGCAACUGUCGUGUUCUGGUUCUUCAACCAGUACAGCAAUCGACACUUCCGGGGACGACAUGACACGGCAACGAAAGAACACCUCACGGAGAAAAAUAGAAAGUUUGAAUUCCAAAAGGUUUUCGAGCUGCCAUGGAUGUUCUGGGCCAUCAUGGCUUUCUCUUUGUUUCAAACCAGCACAGCAAGCAUCUUUAGUCAAAAUGCAACGGAACUGGCAGAACAGCGAUUUGAGGUCGAUGACAUUCAGGCAGGAUGGUAUAGCUCGUUGUCACAGUAUGCGGGAUUCUUCAUUGUUCCGUGUCUCGGUAUAUUCAUUGAUAUCUUAGGACAUCGGGCUUCUGUAAUGUUUACCUGUGGUCUUGGAAUGAUGCUGAGUAUGGUUCUCCUGAAUUUCGCUACCUCCAAGGCAGGUACCGGGGCGUCCUUUGGCAUCUAUGCUAUCGCGAUGUCAUUUGGCCCAACGUCCAUUAUUGAUGGCAUCCGCACAACUCUUUGGCACCAAUCCGUCUUUGGAUCUGCAUAUUCGCUCAAGGUCACUAUGAAUAAUGCUAUGAGUAUCAUCAUCCGUAUCAUCACCGGGGCCCUGCAGGACGCAGACGACAACUCCUAUCGUCGGGUGAUCCAGGUCUACCUUUUUCUCGCCACGGCGUCUCUGGUUGUCGGCGCGGCACUGCUGAUCGGCUCGUUCAUGACAAAUAAUCUGGCACCAUUGCAAUGGACUCGGAAAAAACGAUUCACUACUGGCAUGGAAAUCAUCGAGGCUAAUAAGGAGCGAAGCCUGGUGUUACAUGCUCCCCGCACGCGGAGAGUGUCUCUCGCCUGCUUUGGAGCGUUACUACUUCUGAUAGCUGGGGGAUGGGUAGCAUAUAUUUGGGGCGCCGUGACUGGGCAUAAUUCGUAA